AUGGAAGUGGUUGGCGCUGUAGUGGAGGUGAUGCUAGCCAAGGUGAUUUUACUUGCCACGGAACAGAUCAACGUUUCAUUGGGUUUCAAGGAGGAGUUAACAAGGCUCCAUGACUCACUUACCAUUAUCCAAGCUGCGUUGCAAGAUGCGGAGAGAAGGCAAGGAAAAGACAGGGCUGUUAAGCUUUGGCUUGAGAAGCUUAGAGAUGUUGCUUAUGAGGCUGAUGACGUACUGGACGAGUUCGCUUAUGAUUUUCUUCGAAGGAAGGUGGAGAUUCAGAACCAAAUGAUGAAAAAGGUCAGCUACGUUUUUUCUUCUUUCAAUUCUAUAGCAUUUCGUCUCCAGAUGGCUAAAAAAAUUAGAAAGAUUAAUAUAUCCCUCAGCAACAUUAACAACCAAGCCAAUCUGUUUGGACUCCAGAGGAGAGUCACUGAUAUGAUUGUUCUACCUAGAGGAAACCAAGUGACCCACUCCUUUCUUGGAGAUUCAUCACAAGUUAUUGGAAGGGAAGAUGAUGUCUCAAAAGUAGUCCACUUGUUGAUCCACUCAACUUGUCUGCAAACCCUCCCUGUUGUAUCUAUAAUUGGCAUGCCAGGUCUUGGAAAAACUACAUUAGCAAAAUUAGUGUGCAAACAUGAGCAAGUACAAAAAUAUUUUAGUAAGAUAAUCUGGGUGUGUGUAUCUGAUGAUUUUAAUGUUGAAAGGAUUUUACUUGAGAUGUUGGAAGCUCUUACCCAAAACUCAUGUGCAAUUAAAAAUAAAGAUACCGUACUCAGAAAAAUGCAUGGAGAACUGGGAGGGGAUAAUUAUCUUCUUAUACUUGAUGAUGUAUGGAAUGAGGAUAUAGAGAAGUGGGAAGACCUAAGAGAUUGCUUGAUGGGAGUAUCAGGACAUGUAGGGAGUAGAAUUGUCGUGACAACCCGUAAGGAGAAUGUAGCAUUGGCGAUGGGAACACUUCCUGAAUAUAUGCAUCAUCCAGACAAACUUGUAGAUGAUGAGUGUUGGUCAAUAAUGAAAGGAAGAGCAUUUGGACACUCUUCCAUACCUCCAGAAUUGGAGGUUAUUGGAAAGGAUAUUGCUAAAAAGUGUGGAGGUCUGCCAUUGGUUGCAAGGGUUAUAGGUGCAACAUUGAGCAAUAAAAGGGACAAAGAUGAGUGGCUGUGA